CGAGCGAGGCUUGCUCCUCUUGUUAUCAGAAUCUCUUAGUCGCCUGACUAGGGCAAUUAGAGCCUCCCCUCCAAGUCGUGCGUUCGUCCAUUUCCCCUUUCUCCAAUUCUCGGCAUAAGAGUCAGCUGCGUAACCCGGAUUCUUCUCACCGACCGCUUCGUCUCCCUUCUCGCCCUGCCAUAUAAUCCGAGGCCGAGGGCCUCAGCGGACUAGACCUCUUCGUCGGGACGACGCGGGAACUGAACAUUCGUUCUGAACAUCACUUGUUUCGAGCUCCUCCGAUCAAGGAUUCCAUCAAUAAAAACAAAUCACGCGACCGACAUUCAGCCUUCUGCCGUAUCUGGUGCCUCGUGCUUCGAGCAUUCUCUGGAAGGCCUCGUACCAUGCCGGCUGCAACCUUUCCACGGGAGAGAGGAAUGAUGGUGAUAUGGGGAGAGAUUCAAGACAAGUCACUCAACGAAGAGGAUCUCAACGAAUGGUGGACUUAUGAGCACCUCCCGGAGCGCAUCGCGAUACCGGGAUUCCGACGAGCUCGUCGCUACUACUCGACGGAGAAUGCCAAAUCGCAGUACCUGGUCUGCUACGAGGUCUCCUCUCUGGACAUCUUCACCUCGCCCGCGUACAUGCACGCCCUGAACAACCCCACGGCUGGGACCCAGACAUACAUGCCCUUGAUGGCGUCGAUGAAUCGUCUGGUAUGUCGCGUGGUGCAGUCCUGUUCGCGGCCCGAGUUUGGCGAAUACUCCGCGUCGGGCACAGGGGCCACGUUGGUACUCAUCACCUUUCAGCCUCCAUCGUCGCAGGACCUGAGGGACGAGCUCGGCGGGUGGAUCGCAGACACCAUAUGGCCGAGUCUCGCCAGCCACCAGAGUCUACUGGCAAUCCACCUUCUGCGAUACGACAGUUAUGCUUCGCAGUCGGGAAGCUCGACCAAGUCGUACGAGAAGGUCAGCUUCCAGUCUGCGGCGACGGGCGCCAGUCCGGAGAGAUGGGUCAUCCUGGUCGAGUUGGCCGAAUCCAUCGCGGCCCCGUUCGCCAAACAUCCGGUCUUGACUCACAGCAUCGUCCAUCAGCUGAAGCGAUUCGCAAGCGAGAUCGAGACCCAGGCAUUUGGGCUCAUUUGCGCGUUGAGCGAAUAGCGAAUAGCGGACUCGGCACAAUCUGGAGGCGUCAAAGCCUUGGGCAGAUAGGAUGCUGUCCGCUUAUAUCAUAGACGUUAGACACCGCUACCAUCUUACCCAAAACCAUAUGCUCAGCAGUAGCGGCAAUAGAGUGAUCCUGACAGUACAACAAUGUUUAACGUUCUGAU